AUGAGCACCAUACAAAAUAUCAAGAAUUUCAUCCGUCACGGCAAACAGGCCCGCCUCGUGACGCCGCACGCCGAACCCACCACCGACAUUUCCACGAUCCACGCUGAGCAAGAGCCACAACCCCAAGGCCUGUACACCCCCGAUUUCGCCAAUCUGGAUACCACGGAGACCCGACAGGAUGGCCCAACGGCGGCCCAGAAAGCCGCCGAGGCGCAGACCAAGCGGGAGCGUGCCGCGGAGAUUGAACGGCUCGUCACAGAGGAGCGCGUGAACCGAUCCAAGAUGCCCAAAUACCCCGGCCUGGAGCGCUGGAUCUUGCUGGAAAAGAUGGGCGAUGGCGCCUUCAGCAAUGUCUACCGUGCCAAGGAUUCCACCACGGAGUACGAUGAGGUCGCGAUCAAGGUCGUGCGGAAAUUCGAGAUGAACAGCAAUCAGAGAGCGAACAUCCUCAAGGAAGUUCAAAUCAUGCGCAAUCUCGACCAUCCGAACAUCGUGAAGCUAAUAAACUUCUCCGAAUCCCGACAAUACUACUACAUCAUUCUCGAACUCUGCCCGGGUGGCGAACUAUUCCACCAGAUCGUGCGGUUAACAUAUUUCAGCGAGGAUCUUAGUCGGCAUGUGAUCGUACAGGUGGCUAAGGCGAUUGAAUAUCUACACGAGACGUCAGGCGUCGUUCACCGAGACAUUAAGCCAGAGAACCUACUCUUUUACCCAACCCCCUUUGUUCCCAGCAAAAACCCUAAGCCUGUCCAGCCGGGUGAUGAGGACAAGGAGGACGAAGGGGAAUUUACCGCCGGUGUUGGCUCAGGAGGCAUUGGCAAGAUUAAGAUUGCAGACUUUGGCCUCUCCAAGGUGAUUUGGGAUAGCCAAACAAUGACUCCAUGCGGUACCGUCGGUUAUACCGCGCCGGAGAUUGUGAAGGAUGAGCGGUAUUCGAAGAGUGUGGAUAUGUGGGCCAUGGGCUGUGUCCUGUACACGCUUCUAUGUGGUUUCCCACCAUUCUACGACGAGAGCAUCCAGGUUCUCACGGAGAAGGUGGCCCGGGGCCAGUAUACCUUCCUGUCGCCCUGGUGGGAUGACAUUUCCAAGUCCGCACAAGACUUGAUCUCACACCUGCUCACCGUGGACCCCGAGAAGCGCUAUUCGAUUAAGGAGUUCCUUGCACACCCCUGGAUCCGGGAGACGGACGAGGAGACAACCCCUGCGGCAGAUGCACCCCCGCUUGCAACCCCUUAUGGCCCCGUCCGCCAAAAGGGCCCGGCACAACUCGACCCAACCGGUGCGGACCAGGCUCCGUACCUCCCUGCCAGUGCCCGUUUCCUCGAUCAACCCUCCACAGCCUCAGAACGUCGGAUGGACUUCCGCUCCCCUGGCGCAUUCAACCUCCGCGAAGUUUUCGAUGUUGGAUACGCAGUUCACCGACAAGAGGAAGAAGCAAAGCGGCGCAAGAAUGCCGCCAAAGGAUUUCGGAGUGGAACAGCAGGGUUUCAGUCAGCGCUUGAUUCUCUCAAUGAAGACUACGGCGACGAGCCACUCGCAUACCGGCCGCGGACAGACGAAAACACAGAGCCACCCACCAAGAUCGCUAAAGCAACUGCGCCCCAACAAGGCGGCGAUAUGGCAGGAAUGGAGGCCAAGCUACGCUCUACAAACCUAGGGCCACAGGGUUCCGCUUCCCAGGCACGACAGGCACCCCGUCAGCCUAAACAGCAGGGAUACGGACAACACGACGCCAACGUUGCCGCAGCGGCCCGGAACACCAUCGGUCGCAAACCUGCCGAGCCCUUCGAACUUAGUCUCGACAACGCCAGUUUGUUAGAGAAGCGCGGACGGCGCCAUGAAGAACCGGUGGCUUGA